GCUUGCACGAGAGCAGUUCCUGAGCCUGCUCCGGGGAACUCGCGUUCCGGAGCUGCUACCUGGCCUUCGUGCUCUCCACGACGAGGAGAAGAGGCAGGGCUCUGCUGGGAGCCUUAGGAGAUCCUACAUCGAGCAGAGGGACCAACGUCGCAUGGCGGCGGCGGGGCUGCAGCGGUGGUUCGAAGCUGAAGCAACAAGGCCGGGGACUGCGCCUGCUGAGCUGGGUCCCAAAGCCAGCGCCACGCUGAGCAUCUCCGCUUCAACGGACGCGAACGUGCUGGCGGCGCUCGCCAGCUUAGAGCCGGCAAAGAAC